AUGAAAAGAUUAAAAAGAACAAAUAGUAAAUAUAGUGAUGACGAUGAUGAUUUCAUUUCAGAUGAAAAACAUGAUGAUAAUGAUGCCGAUGACUUUGAAAGUCCUGAUGAAGUAGAGACAAGAGUAAGAUCUAAUAGUAAAUAUAGCGAUGAUGAUGACUACGAAGAAGAAGAAGAAGAUAGUGAUAGUGAUUUUAAACCAAAAAAGAAACAUAAAUCAGCUACAUCUACAACCAAUAAUAAUACUAGUACAAAGUCAAAAACAAAAGCAAAAACAAAAACAAAAGCAAAAGCAAAAGAAACAACAAACAACAAACCAGCAGUAACACCAAGAAAGAAUAAAUCAACAACGUCAACAGCAGCAACAUCUAAACAACAAUCAAAAAUAACAAAUCAUUUCAUAUUAUCAUCAAAUAAUAAUAUAAGUAAUAUAAAUAAUAAUAAUAACAAUAAAAGUAAUGAUGGUGAUAAUAAACAGAAUGUUAUUACAAGUAGUAGUAGUAAUAAUAAUAAUACAGUAAUUAUAAAAGAUGAAAAUAAACCGGUACAUCCAUUUUUCACUAGAGGCGAAGAGAUUGUUAAAAAGAAGAAACAGAAGGAGGAGAAUCAAAAGUUGUUGGAAGACAAGUUUCAUAAUAACGGUGGUCCAGUUGCAGAGAUAUUCAAAUCGAAACAGGAGAAGGACCAAGAGUUUGUCGAGAAACUACAGGAUGAACUCAGACAAGAUAUUAUAAAGACAUGUCAAGAUCGUGCAAACAUUUCAAUUGGCAAAGUUAUACAUCCAUUCUUUCAAAUGACACCUUCAACAUCGUCAACAUCAACAACUAUUAAAAGUAGUAAUAGUAAUAACAAUAGCAAUAAUAGUAGUAGUAUUAGUAAUAAUAAUAAUAAUAAUAUAGUUACAAUAGUGGAUUGUGAUAAACUUUACAAUUUAAAUGAUUUUCCAGAUAAAUCACAGUGUCAUAUUGGAUAUACAGAGUGUGAACAGUGGAAAGAUGGCGAAGAACUGGAAAGAAUGAAACUUUUGGCAUCACAAGAGAUAUUGGAUUCAAUGUUGGUGUUUGAUUUGAAUACAUUCAUCCCAAACUUCACAAGUAUGCUUAAGGAAAUCGAUCAACAACUUGGAUAUAGUAGUUCUUCACAAUUACAACAACAAUCACAGAAAUCACAACAAUCACAAGAGGAAUUAGUAGUACAAGUACAAACACAACAAUCAAUUAUAUUAGAUGAAACUCCAACUACAAUAACAUCCUCAUCAACAACAUCACCAUCAAAUAUAAAUAGUAAACAAGAGAUAAUAAUUGAAAAGUUGUAUCAAUUGUUGGUUCAAGGUAUUGAAAGUGGUGGUGUUGAAAUGAUAUCCAUUGCAACACUGUCCAAUAUGUUCAAUCAAUUUAGAGGAUCUGUUUCUCAGAACACUACUUCCACUAAGAAUAGCAACAACAAUAGUUUGUGGUCUGACAAAUACUUUUCGAACAAGUUCAACGAGAUAUUCCAAGUGGUUACAAAGAGUAAUAAUACGUACACUGCGAUGGACUUUGCAGAAUGGAUGGGUUGUUGGCGUGAUAAGGAUAAAGAGAGAUAUCAGGUCACCGAUAGUAGUGCCACCAAGAAGCGAAAGUCAAAGAAGAACAGCGAAGAGUUGAACUCUACCAUUGUUAUGGUCGGGCCGGUUGGAUGUGGAAAGACAGCGUUGAUCUACUCGUGGUGUAAGCAAUACAACUACCAAAUUCUAGAGGUGAAUCCAUCGAUGAGAAGAAAUGGAAAAGCCAUCAUGGAUCUACUAGGUGAAGCAACACAAUCAAAGAGUCUUUGUAAUUUUAAUAGUAAUAAUAACAAUAGUAACAAUAGUAGUAUUAAUAAUAAUAGUAAUAAUACUAGUAAUAGUAAUACACUUACAACACCAAAGAAGUCAACAACAAACAAGAGAAAUAAUAGUGGAGGAGCUUUACAACAAACGAGUAACAACGAUCUUAAACUACCAUCGAUGAGUGCAACAUUGGUUUUAUUCGAGGAAGUGGAUAUCUUGUUUGAAGACGAUAGAGGAUUUAGCAAUUCUCUAACAACUCUGAUAUCCACUUCAAAGAUUCCAAUUAUUAUUACUUGUAAUGAUAGCUAUCUAUUUUGUUCUAACUAUUUCUUGACAAACAAAGAGAGUACACCUUUAAUAGAAAGAAUUAUAGAGAGUAACGAUUUAGAUGCAUACUAUUUCGAGAGAUAUGAAGAAUUGGAAAUCCUAUUGUUGCUGUAUUUCAUUUUGAUGAUGGAGGGCAAAGUAGAAACAUUUUUAAAUGAAGAGCAGUUCAAUUCACUUUUACAAUUUAUUCGGAUUCAUAAUAAUGAUAUAAGAGGUUGUAUCAAUGACUUGGAGUUUAUAUGUUUAGGUAAAUUGAUGACGACGACAACAGCAGCGGAUGGUGUGUUUUGUGACUCUGGUAAUCUAAACUUUUAUCAAUUGGGAGGUGUUUCUGGUAAUAAUUUGGCAACGAUUGUCACUGGAGUAUCGACAUCUAACCAACCGGUCGAUCAAUCAACACUCACUCAAAUAGCAGAUGGAUUACAAUUGGAUGUAUAUUUUAGUAAUUAUCUAGAUGCUUUUAGAGUUGGUAAAGGAGCAAGUGGAAAUGGAAAUGAAAGUGGCAGUGGAAAUACUGUCGACAACCAAAUUAACCCACAAAUGACAUUGGAAAAUCUUUGGAAGCUUUCCAAUGAUAUUUCAUUUUGUGAUAUAAUUUCAAAUGAACCUGAAAUUCAAUCAAGAUACUUAAUUGGAUCUGAUGGAGAAUUUAAUAGUGAACUAUAUGAAUUCGAUGAAAAUACAUCGAAUCUUAUACAAACACCGGAACUCAUUAAUCAUUUAACAAAAUCAACAAAUUCAAUACAAUAUAAUAAUCGAUCAAAGACAAUCACCUCAUUGAUAUCUCAUCUAGGUAUAUCGACGUAUCGAUCUUCGACUAUCAGCAGUUUAAAGUCAACACCAACACAACAAUUGGAAGCACCGGCGAUGAUUGCCGAUAUCAAUCGUGGCGAUAGUACAGUCUGCUAUCGUUCAGUAAUAUCUCCUACGGUAAAAUGCUGUUGGAGUACCAACCAUUCCUCCAGUGUAUAUGCAAUUCCGAAAACCACCGAAAGUCAAACAAUCCAAAGCGAGGCAAUCGAUUCAGUCACUAUCUAA